AUGGCGGAGGUCGUGCUCUCUGACCGCCUUGCAAGGUUGUACUUAUUGUUUCAACAAUUUGAAAUCAUCUAUGUGUCACAGAAGUCUGUCAAGGGGCAAGCCUUAGCUGAUUUCCUCGCAGAUCACCCAAUACCUGCUGAAUGGGAGUUGUCUGACGAUUUGCCUAAUGAAGAUGUGUUUGUCAUUGAAGUCCUACCCCCAUGGAAGAUGUACUUUGAUGGAGCUUCGCAUAGAGAAGGGGCAGGAGCUGAAGUUGUCUUCGUCACUCCAGAAGGCGAGGUGUUGCCAUAUUCAUUCACCUUGACCGAGCAAUGUUCAAACAACGUUGCUGAGUAUCAAGCAUUGAUACUUGGGCUCGAAAUAGCGGCUGACAUGAAGCAACUGAGAAUUAAAAUUUAUGGAGAUUCAAAGUUGAUCAUAAACCAAGUGUUGAGUCUAUAUGAAGUGAAAAAGGCGGAGUUAGUCCCAUAUAACAACUAUGUAAAGAUACUAAUGCAAUGGUUAGGGGAUGUCACAAUUGAUCAUGUACCGAGGAAAGAAAACAAGCAAGCUGACGCCUUAGUCGCAUUGGCUUCAACUAUUGCUCAUCCUGCAGCCCGAGUACAAGUAUGUCAAAAAUGGGUAGUUCCACCAAUCUUCAAUGAAGUCGGCUUAGUUGAUGAAACUGUUGAACUCCCUACUGCCUCAGUUUAUGAUAUAGGCAAGGAAGACUGGAGGCAACCGUUAAUUAACUACCUCACUGAUGGAAAGUUACCUGAAGAUCCUCGUAAAAGGGUGGAUAUAAAGCGUCGAACUCCUAGCUUCAUCUACUAUAAAGAGACAUUGUAUCACCGUUCCUUUGAUGGAGUAUUUCUUCGAUGUCUAGGGGAAGAUGAAGCUUUACAAGCUAUGCAAGAAGCUCAUUCUGGGGUUUGCGGUGCACAUCAAUCCGGUCCCAAGUUACACUUACACAUUAAGCGAAUGGGCUAUUAUUGGCCUACAAUGGUAAAGGAUUGCAUUGACUAUGCUCGAAGAUGUCAAGCUUGUCAAUAUCAUGCAAACUUUAUCCAUCAGCCACCAGAACCUCUACACCCAACGGUUGCAUCUUGGCCAUUCGAUGCUUGGGGACUUGAUGUGGUUGGCCCAAUUACGCCUAAGUCAUCUGCAGGGCACGCAUACAUACUAGCUGCCACCGACUACUUUUCAAAGUGGGCGGAAGCUGUAGCAUUGAAGGAGGUGAAGAAAGAAAAUGUUGCAGACUUUCUCCGUGUCCACAUCAUCUAUCGCUUUGGUAUCCCGCGAUAUAUCUUAACAGAUAACGGGAAGCCCUUUGACAACAAGUUGAUGGACAAGAUCUGCAAGCUUUUUGACUUUAAGCAGCGAAACUCAUCAGCUUACUAUGCAGCUGCAAAUGGGCUUGCUGAAGAAUUUAAUAAGACCCUAUGCAAUUUGUUGAAGAAAGUGGUCUCAAAAUAA